AUGGAAGAUCUCAAGGACGACGAACUGGCCGUGACCAUCUCCGAGGAUCUCCGGAUACCCAACCUCGCCACGGUCGAGCUCCCGCUGGCGGUGAAGCCGAGCAACAAGGGGAUUGAGGCCGCCUUGGCCCUUGUCGGCGGCAUCGAGGAGCUCUCCAAGGUCACCGCGGAUGAGGUGAAGCGCAGGAGGCUCCGACCCAAAGGCGAUUCUGACGGAGGCGGGAGUGGGAGUGGCAAGGGGGAGGACACGCCGUGGAGCAUCGCCUCCGUCACCGCCGUCGGAGAGGUGCACACUACCUUCGCCUUCAACGCCCUGGCGGACGCGCAGGUGGUGGAGGUGACGCAGUUGAAGGUGAGGGGCGGGGGGGGGGGUGGCGAAGUGCACAUGGCCUUCGCCUUCGACGCCCUGGCGAACGCGCAGGAGAAAGCUCUCAAGAUGUACAUGAGGCCUAAAGAUCCCCUCUGCCGGCCCAUGGUGGCUCAGCGAAACGCAUCGGAGACCAACUCUUUCAUCUUCAAGAUCCUUCGUCGUGAGAGGAAGCACCACGACACGGUAAAGCUGCAGAGGGGAAGCUUGUUGGUGUACCACCGCUUCGGGGAGGCCGUGAAGCACGUCACUAAGAGCGGCGCCAUACUCAUCAGAGACGCUAAAGAGGUGGAGCAUUUGAGGGUCGAGCUAGACAGGAAGUGGGGGAGCGGCCGACAGCGGGGAAGAAAAAACCGUCCCUCCCGAUACCGCAAGGGGAUAUCCGGACACAAUGAGGUGCGGGAGCAGCGGCUUUUGCUCGUGCAGAAGAUCGUGAAGCUCUUCGAGAAACAGCCAAUGUACUUCAUGAGGGAGCUCGAGGAGCAUAUGCAGGACCAGCCCACGUGGCCGAUUCGCGACCUUGUCCCCGCCGUGGCGUACUACUACUGCAACGGCCCUUGGAGGAGCCGCUGGGUGAGGUUCGGGUACCGUCCGGAGGACCACCCAUCAGACAGAUUCGAGCAGAUUCUGGAGUUCAGGCUGUUCCCUGCCCAGCUCAGGGUGUGGGCGGCCGCCUUGGAGCAAGCUGGUGUCAAGAAGUCGAGCACGCCCAAAGUGUUGGCGCCGGUUGUGGCGACGUCAUCGCCGGCAGCUAAGACAGCAGCAACGGCGGCAGCUAAAGCAUCAGCAGCAACGGGGUCAGCGGGAGCGGCAGUACGAGAAGGAGGAAGAGGAGCAUCGGUGACCGCGCCGGUGGCAAAGGUAGUAGAGGCGGAGAUGGAAGAGGAGGAGGACGGGGCCGUCGCCGGCGGUGGAGGCGGGAGAAAAAAAGAUGCCGGGUUGACGUUGACGUCACAGCGGCUUUCCGUGGGGGGUGUUGUGCCGGAGGUGGGCCUUACGUCAAGACCCAAGGGGCGGUUCGCUAGCCAGCUUGUCCUGAACGGCAACAUCCUGUCCGCGAGGAACCGGCACGUGGUGGGGGAGUCUCCGAUUCGAGAGGUGCAGGAGCUCGCCCUGAAGGCACCUCGCAUGGACCGCCCAGGCAUCGUGACCGGUUGGUGGCAGCAGGGUACAAUCGACAAGAUGCGCAUGCUCACGCUGGAGGCGCUGUCCGCCCUUGUCAAGCACAAGAAACAACAAAUGGCGGCGGCGGCGGCGGCGGCGGCGGCCGCCGCUGCUGCUGCUGCCGCUGGUGACGCGGGUGCUUGUGCCGGUGACAGCGGUAAGUCAGCGGCAGCGAGUGCUGCGACAACGGGAGCAUCUUCUUCUUGUCUGGCUGCUGCCGUCGUGCCGGGACAGGCGAAAAAGGGCGCCAUGCGUCAGCAGCAGCAGCAGCAGCAGCAGCAGAAUAAGGCCACCGCCGCCGGCCCUAGCGCUGCGAUAGUGAGAAACCCCCUCCCGGCCCAGAUGUCGAGGGACGAGUUUCGCCGCAAGACCAGGACCAUCGCAAAAGACGUGGAGGUCGUCCAAGCGCCGCCCCCGGCAAUGUCGGAAUCAGCGAUGGAUGCCGACGCGUACGGUCGAGAAGGCGACGAUGGCCGCGGCGGCGCCGGCGCCGGUAAAGCUUUCGUGACCCGCAAGAGCGGCGCGAGGAAGAUCGGCUUCGCUGGUACUGGCGGCCGCAGCGGCACCGGCCGCGUCGCUGGGAAGUCGGCCGGCGGCGGCGGCGGCGGCGGCGGGAAACGGCCUGCUGGUGCAGCAGCCGGCGGUGCGGGGGGUGCCGCUGCCGUUCCGGCUUUGUUGAGAGAGGCGGACAGGGCCGUGGUGCAGUCGGACACUGACUCGGACGAGGACUCGGAGUCUGACUCUGUGAACUCGAGCGACCUCGUGGACGACACAGAGGACAGCUGGGACUCCCAGCAGGACGAUACCUCCGAUGGCGACGGAGUCUCCGAAAUCUCCGAAAUCUCCGAAAUCUUGGGCGACGAGUCCUCCGCGGCAGAAGAAGACGGCGAGGCCAAGGAGAAGGUAGAGGAAAAGGGGAAACGGGACAAAAGCCCCCGAACCCCUCCCUCGCGAGGCGGCAGAGCGGCCGGCCGGGGGCGGGGGAAGGGAGCUUCCGCGUCCAAGAGGAGCGGUGGGAGUUCUCGUCGUAAAAGGGCGUGA